CUACAAAUUGACAUAACUUCCCGAAAAUUAUCGUAUCGAGUUCCGCAAAAGCGCAUUUUAAAGGGAAAAUUUCGAACUUUUACGCGCUUUUUACCUCAUUCAGUUACAAUUGCUUCACUCCAUGCAACUCUAGAAACUUCAUGUUUUACUUUUCGAUUUUGCAAGUUUUCGUUAUGUCAUCGGUCAUUAGCAAAUUGAUCAUGCCACUUAAUCGACAUUAAGAGAAGAUAUACACCUAGCAUGGUCAAAAAAAUCGAUUUUUUUUUUGUGCAUUUUCUUGAUGCUUGAGGUCUCAAGAAUAUCUGAUUAAAAUUGCAAGUCAAUAUCUCGAUAAAUAACGAAGUUACAGCCGAGAGAGUAAACCGUCUCCGAGAGCGCGCCGUACCGCCUGUUUUGCAGCCGAGCCGAGAGGCAGGUAGCGGCAAGCGACCCUUCGAAGAGACCUGUUUUACGAUUCUAUUGUGUUUUCGGGCGUGCUCGAGUCCAGGUAUAACGAAAAUAUCACACGACCGUUAUUUUUUGCCAGAAAUUGGAUGCGUUUCGUCAGUAGUUUGCCGUUCGUGCAACUGUGCGUUACAGUGAAUUUUCGUCUGUAAAUACAUAUUCUGAGGAAAAUGAAUAACAGAAAUAAAGGUUCUCGGGAAGCUCAUCAAUCCGGAUCUUUUCGCAAAGAUCGAAGCAAGAAAAAGAUACCGCCCAAAAAUCGAUAUACUGCCGAAAAAGUAGAACUUUCUGACGAGAAUAUUAGUUCUAGUACCAAAAAAUUGAAGACUGAUCGUGAGACAUCCGCACCAGAAGAUCCAAACAUCGGGUAUCGAAUUUUGAAUUUUCUGGCAGUGUUUUCUGCCUUAUCGGAAUGUGUAAAAUGCAAAAAGUGUGAUAGUGAUGUUCGAUUCUCAAUAGAAAGCACUCGAGGGCUCGGUUUUAAAAUUGUAGUUUCGUGUUUAUCGUGCAAACCGACUUUCAUUCCUUCGUGCCCGUACAUCAAGACUGCUUACGAAAUAAAUACACGAUUCUUUUUUGUUAUGCGUUUAUUGGGGAUUGGUUUGCGUGGAGCUAUGAAAUUUUGUGGCCUCAUGGAUUUACCGCCUCCGGUUCAACAAACGACGUAUGAUAUGAUAAUUGAGAACAUUCAUUCUGCUGCUUCAAGUAUUGUUCAAUUGGUGUUAAAACAAGCUGUAAAAGAAGAACAACAGGAAAUAACAAAACAAAAUUCGAGUGAGGAUAUCAAAAAACUGACCGUUUCAGGAGAUGGUACGUGGCGAAAAUGUGGUUUUACUUCAUUAUAUGGAGUUGCGGUUCUCAUUGGUCAUUUGACAGGAAAAGUCGUUGAUUUUAUUGUAAAGUCUGCUUAUUGUGCUGAAUGCAACUAUUGGAAUAAACACGUCAAUACCGAGCAAUAUCAGGAAUGGAAAUCUAAUCACGAAGAAAAUUGCCAGGCGAAUCAUGUCGGAUCGGCAGGCAAAAUGGAAGUAGACGCCAUGAAGGAAUUAUUUUCAAGAUCUGUCGAAAAGCAUGGAGUUAUGUACAUUAAUUACGUUGGGGAUGGCGACUCUAAGACGUACACGGGAUUAGUAAAUGCGAAACCGUAUGGUGAGAUUGAGAUUAUAAAAAAAGAAUGCGUGGGACACGUUCAAAAGCGAAUGGAAACCCGUCUUCGCGAAUGCAAAAAAAAAAAAAUCCUGGAAUCGGCGGCAAAAACAAAUUGACAGCAAAGUUUAUAGACAAACUGAGCAUUUACUAUGGCUUAGCCAUUCAAAGAAACAGUAACUCCAAGAAUGUCAUGAAAAAAGCGAUAUGGGCAACAUUCUACCAUUACGGCUCAACAGACAGCAAGCCUGAACAUCAUUUUUGUCCCGAAGGCCCCGAAUCGUGGUGCAAGUGGCAACAAGCGAAAGCUAAAGGAGGACUGAGGAAUUUCCGUCACGAUUAUUCAGCAUUGCCAAAAACGGUGUUAGAUGCCAUCAAACCAAUUUACGAAGACUUCAGCAAUGACAAAUUGUUGGAACGUUGUGUUGGUGGAUACACACAAAACAGCAAUGAGAGCUUCAACCAACUUAUUUGGAAGAUAGCUCCAAAAUCGAUGCAUAGCGGGGCCAAAAUCGUUAACAUUGCUGCAUUUCUUGCAACAUGCACGUUCAACAAUGGUGUCACGUCAUUGUUAGAAAUCAUGAACGUGUUAGGAAUAUCGGUCGGGUCGGGCGCGCACUUGUACGCUGCGCAAGAAGACGAAACUCACAUAGCGAAAGCCGAGAUGCAAGCGCAAGAACAGACUAAAGAAGGUCGAAUACGGCGUCGACAACAAAAUUUAGAAAAUAUGAACAUUCCGUCGACCGUAGAAGACUUACACUAUGGGCCUGGUAUUGAUGAUUCCAUGUGAUUUUUGAGGAAAUGCUAGUGGGUAUCGUUUUCCCGGAUUUUUUUACGGCGCUCCAAAGAUUAUACCAUAACUUCGUCAAUUUUUUAUUUUUUUUAAUAAAAAAAAUUUGACAUAUUCCUGAAUGUGUAUACUUUUAGAUAGAAAAACUCCCAAUCCGAAAUUUCAAAUAAUUUUCCUUAAAAAAAUUCACAAAAAUGACUUUUUUUCCGGCUCCUAGAUGUAUAUCUCCCCUUAAAAGUUUCUCAAAGUAUAGGCUUCAAGCUUUACUUUCAUUUUUUAAUCAUCCCUGUAUCAUAAAUAUUUUCAAGGUUUUACAAGCGUUUGAAGUUUGGUAAAUUUUUCCUAAAUUUUUGGUGUACCGCUUUUUUUGCUAGGCAGUGUAUUUACUUUCGCACAAAAAUAACCGCGCAACACUUUCAUUAGCCUUCUUUACUUCUUAUUAUUUUAUUAUCUUUGAAAAGUAAACCGUUUUUCCUUUCUAUCCUAAAUACGUGGCGCGCCAAUAACCUAAUAAAACUAAAACUAAUAAACUCCUAAUAAAACUAAAACUAAUAAACUCCCUAUUAUUUAAAUUUAAGUAACGCUCUCCGCUAUUAUAAAAUUCAUUCCACUCUGUCUUAUCUGUAUUCCUCAAUAAACACAUUCCGAACUUUUGAAACAAAGGUCCGAUUUAUACGUUUUCAAGUUAAUCCUCGUUCAGUGUUCAGAGAUCGAAAGAGCAACACCGUUCUCUGUAAGCUCCAGGAUAAAAUAAAGAAGUUUCCACAGAACUUCCGAUACAAUUUAUGAAUACAUUACAAAUCUGUACAGAGGGCUUGGCGGCCAUGACGGUGCGCGUCAGUCUCGACGCAGAAAUUAUAACAAUAAUUACCUACGAUCAAGUGCUGCACACUUUAUUAUUCAUGAUGAUUACAAUUAUUGCCACAAAAUUUUGAAAACUGGAGCAGCAACAACAGAUAUUCAAAAGCGUAGGUUGAAAACAGCGUCAUUUCAAUGGUUAUACUGACAAUUAUACUCAAUAUAUUUCAGAUAAAAAACUAUUAGGAUCAUCUAAAUUGACAUACUGAAGCUCAUUAUUCAUCAAUAUCAUGUACCUUAAGAGUCUAAAAGCUUUGAAUCGCUAUGUGAUGCUGCGAUGCGUUUAGAAAGCGUCACACCUUGCUUUAAAAAAAUCAACUAUAAAACCACUUAUUUUUUUUGCAUAUAAAAGCAAUUGUUCCUUAUUUUUAAGACUUUAAGAGCCACUUCAACUAACUCUGAUUAAUCUAAUCAACCGAUUAAUCCAUUGGAAUUAACUAAUUUGUCUGUUAUAUAAAAUGACAAAUGCGAUUUGUCAAUUCUAAUAGAUUAAUCGGUCAAUCAGAUUAAUCAGAGUUGGUUCAAGUAGCCUUAAGGCAUCACUUAAGAAAAAAAUUCUUUUGGAUUUUUUUUAAAUUUCACUGUGAUGUAACUCUUUAAUAAAAAAGUAA